CAUGGGGUAACUUUUUACAGUGUGUUUUGGAACGCGUGUUUUGUAAACGGUGAUCACGCGUUUUCACGUGCUUGAGAGAAUUGAGAGAGGAAAGAUGAAAAGUUAUGAAUGGAAGAGUGGAACCCAUGGAACAUUUCUAAUAUAAUAUAACUUCUUUUAAUUAAUUUAAGUAAUCGCCAAGUAUAAGGUGAUAACCAUCUAGUGGCCAAUAACCGAAUUACAAUGUGCGACACGUGCAAGAAACGUGCCCUAGAAGCUUUCUCUCUUCCUCUUUGACAUAGCGAAUUUAUACAUAGAUCAGAAUAUAAAAUAUCAAAAGACUACGAAUUAUUUCGACGAAAAGGGAUGGAGCUGAAUUCCGCGGAAAUAGGAAUGAUCUCGUCGUGAAAGAGGAGCAGUGAGAUUGAGAAGAAAACAGACAUUUAUCAACUGGAUUUGAUCUCAUUUUCAAAAAAAGUGUAGAAAUCAAUUUGAAAGAGGAAUGGCAGGAAUAAAUUGCACAUCAGUUUCAAGGAGCUCGCAUCAAUUAUUACUACGCUUGAAAGGAUUUGCGUGUCCGUUUUCAUCUAAAAGCACGGACGAGAUCAGCGAGAGUCCGAGAUUACGUGAAUUCAGGAAAAAAUUGCGUGAACGCGCUCCCAUAGAGAAAUUAGACGAGUUGGAGGAGGGCAAGCAUCCUUAUCAAGAGAAAGAACCCUUGAAACCAUUUCCAAACAAUACGAAUCCAGAAACAGGAGAAGUUGGAGGUCCCCGAGGACCAGAGCCGACUCGUUACGGCGACUGGGAGAGAAAAGGCCGCGUGACGGAUUUCUGAAUCAUCCCUCUUUUGGGAAUAGCACUCUUUUCCUAAAAACGAAGACUUUAAACGAGCCUUUGAAGCAUGGCCAAGAGUCGGCGCGAAUGAAGCAGUUCCACGAAAAACUUAAAUUGCAGCCGAUACCAAGUAUGUAAUAGAGAUUAAUAGAAAUGAAUAGAUCAAGGAUAAGAGAUAUUUUUAUAUGAUAUACAUAUGCUUCCGCAAGGAACUAUCUACACUCAGAGCUUUAAAAAAAAUUUUCGUACUGAUUAAUUUCGUCCUUGAUUGAUACGUAGAGAUAGGACCGCGGGAACGGUUUGUGGAUUUAGUAUUAGUGGAAACUGACCCAAAAACUGGAGAAUUGAUAACAAAUAGUGAGGAUCCAACUAAAUGGGGAGACUGGCAGCACGGUGGCAGAGUCAGUGAUUUUUAAAACAGAGACGACGUAUUUCUUCUUUUAUAGUUUUUAUAGAUAUAAUGUAUUUAAAGAACUGAAAAAAAUCUUUACUCUUCGACUUGCUAUGAUCAAUUUUUGCCUUUGUAAAACGUAAAUCGGAUUAAAUUUUUUCGGUCAGUGCUAAAUGAAAUAAUGUAAAUCUAGAUUGUUUUUGGGCGUAAACAAUAUAAAAACCGGUAGAUGUAGAUAAAGGAAAGUUUUUGUAUUAUAGAACGAAAAUUGUAUAUCAGUGAGGUAAUAAAUUACAUUGUACAAAA